AUGAAGGACCGUGCGCUUCUCUCAUCCGACGAGGAGAAGAAGCUCUUGCGCCGCGUCGACUUCCGCCUGAUGAUCUUGUGCGCCAUCAUCUUCAUGAUUAAAAAUGUCGAUGCAAACAACGCCGCGAAUGCAAGAAUCAUGAACAAAGACACCGACCGGAACAUCAUGACACAGCUCAACAUGACUGCUGACGACUACAACUGGGUCAGCACAGUCUACAACGUGACUUGGGGUCUUGUCUUAGCUUGCCACGCUGCGGUCAAGUCCAGCGCUGGCCUCCUCACCGCCCGUUUCUUCCUUGGUGUUGCUGAGUCUGGCAUGUUUCCCGGUAUUAUCCUCCAGAUGAGCUACUGGUACCGCGCCGAUGAGAUGACCCCCCGGCUUUUAAUUUUCUGUGCCGGCAUGAACGGGCGACAUGGCUUGUCCGGCUGGCAAUGGUUCUUCCUGGUUGAAGGUGUGGUUACGAUUGGCUUCGGCGUGUUGCUCUUCUUCAUCUUCCCUGAUUUUCCCGCCCAGGCCAAAUGGUUGACCGACAAGGAGAAGCGAUUCCUCCAAGCUCGCCUACCACCAAACGCCCCUCGGUCGUCCGAGGCCAAUUUCAAGGCAAGUGAGAUCUGGGACACUAUGAAGGACCAGCGCCUGUGGUGGUUCGCCUUCAUCUGGGCCUCCAAGACGAUUGGCAGCACAGGCCUCUCGUUCUACUUGCCUACCAUCGUCGCCAGCCUGGGACUUGCUUCCAUUGCCGAAAGUCAACUGCUCACCAUCCCAUCCUCAGUUCUAGCAAUUAUCCUCAUUGCUUUCAGCAGUUACUUGACCAAUUCGCUAGCCGUGCCAUACCCAGCUGUUGCACUAGUGUAUUUGAUCUCUAAUUUGGCUUGCUACGGCGUCAUGGUCGCGUAUCCGAACAAUGGAGGCGUGUACGCUGCUACACUCAUUGCUGCGGGUGUCUCGCUGGCCUGGUUCGCAACCAUGUGGCCAUGGCGUCUCCAGACUACGUUCAGGGCGACGGGAUCCGCCUUUGCCAUUGCCUGG